AAGUUCUUUUUAUUCGAUUUCAGCCAGAGAAAGAAAACAGCGUAAAGAGCUUUAGAAUGUCCGAGAAAACUGUUUCAAAUCCUCUGGAGCAAUAUGUUUUGCUUGCUAAGACUGCAAAGGGGGCAGCUAUGGCUGAAUUGAUCAACCAAGUCCUUGAAGCACCAAACGUUUAUGUUUUUGGUGAAUUAUUGGAUAUGCCUAACAUUUGUGAAUUAUCAGAAGGCGAAUAUUCGAAAUAUCUAAAUGCGUUAAAUCUCUUUGCUUAUGGAACUUACAAAGAAUAUAGAAAAAACAUAGAUCAACUACCCGAGUUAACUGAUACUAUGUUAAGAAAGCUAAAAGCAUUAACAGUCGUAUCUUUAUCGCUAAUUGACAAGAGAAUACCAUAUUCGACUUUAUUGGAAGAAUUAGAUAUGAAAAACACCCGAGAACUAGAGGAUUUAAUUAUUGAGAUAAUUUAUGCAAACGUCAUUGAGGGUAAAUUGGAUCAACGAAAUCAAAGGCUUGAAGUUGAUUAUUCUAUUGGGCGCGAUGUUACUCCGGCUGCGGUAAAGGACAUAAUUCAAACAUUGGAAAUUUGGUGUGCGAACUGUGAAAAUAUGCAAACAAAUAUCGAAAAACAAAUUCGCAAGGCCAAUACGAGAAAAGCUAAACAAUCGGAGAUUCAAGCCAAAGUAGACCAGGAAAUAUCAAGCAUCAAGCAGACUCUUAAAGCAACUCAGCAGGUUGAGAGCGCGGAAGCAGAGCAAAUGAUUACAGAUAGUGCUUCCGCAAGUGAAAAACCCGCAAAAAAGGCUAGCAAAUCUAAGUACGUAAAACUGUAA